AUGUUUUUAUUUGUAGAUAUCGACGAGUGUAAUUCCCGUCCAUGUUUGAAUAAUGCAACUUGUACUGAUAGGAUUAAUAACUAUACCUGUACUUGUCAAGCUGGUUUCAGUGGUAAUAUAUGCUCAACAAAUAUUAACGAAUGUGCUUCCCAACCUUGUAUUAAUAACGGCCAGUGCAUGGAUCUUAUCAAUGAAUAUCAGUGUAGUUGUAUGCCUGGCUUUACUGGAGAUCAUUGUGAAACGAAUAUGAACGAAUGUGCUAGUAAUCCUUGUGAGAUUACAGGCACCUGUAUCGAUGGUAUUGAUGGCUAUAAUUGCUCUUGUUUAGCUGGUUAUACGGGGACUGAUUGUGAACUAAAUGUUAAUGAAUGCGACAGUAAUCCUUGUCUUAACAGUGGUAUAUGUCAUGAUUUUGUUAACGGAUAUAAUUGUACAUGUAUUUCUGGCUAUACCGGUUCCAUAUGCGAAGUCAAUAUUGAUGAGUGUUUCAGUAAUCCUUGUCAAAAUGAUGCUAGUUGCACUGAUUUAGUGGCUGGAUAUAACUGCACAUGCUUAAAUGGAUAUAUGGGCACUUUAUGCCAAACGAAUAUUGAUGAAUGCCAGUCUAAUCCUUGCAUGAAUGAAGGUAUAUGUAUUGAUGACAUUAAUAGCUACAAUUGCUCAUGUAUGCCUGGAUAUACUGGCUCACUUUGCAAAAUUGAUAUCAACGAAUGUGAUAGCAUGCCGUGCAUCAACGAAGGCACAUGCUUCGACUUAAUCAAUAACUAUAACUGCAGCUGUGCUGCAGGUUUUACUGGAUAUGAUUGUGAAAUCAACAUCGAUGAAUGCAGUAUUACUCCGUGCCUCAAUAAUGCUACAUGUGUCGAUCAGGUUAGCGCAUACAAUUGCACAUGCUUGCCUGGCUAUGCUGGCGAUCGCUGCGAAACAGAGUUAAUGGAGUGCGAUAGCAAUCCAUGUCUUAAUAGUGGAAUUUGUUAUGAUUAUCCUAAUCAAUAUAAAUGUGCCUGCAUGUUUGGCUUUACUGGUAAAAACUGCGAAACUAACAUUCAUGAAUGCGGUAGUAGUCCUUGUAUUAAUGGCGGUACUUGCUUAGAUUUAAUUAACAGUUAUAACUGUACUUGCGAAGCUGGAUUUAUUGGCACACAUUGUGAAAUCAAUGUUAAUGAAUGUGGAUCUAGUCCGUGUAUCAAUGGUAGUUCCUGUAAUGAUCUUGUUAAUGGCUAUAGUUGUACCUGUCGUAGCGGUUUUACCGGCAUCUAUUGUCAGAGUAAUAUUGAUGAAUGUGUAAGCCUACCAUGUAUGAAUGGGGGAACCUGCACAGAUUCUGUCAAUGGUUACAGAUGCAAGUGCGUAGCAGGAUAUACUGGAGUAAUCUGUCAGACCAAUGUUAACGAAUGUGCAAGUUCUCCUUGCCUAAAUUCUGGAAACUGUAUGGAUCUUGUAAAUGGAUUCAAUUGUUCUUGUGCAUUGGGCUAUGCUGGAAUUACAUGCCAGACUGAUAUUAACGAGUGUCAAAGUAAUCCUUGCCAAAAUUCUGGAAUAUGUAGCGAUAUUGUUAAUGGUUAUACCUGUUCGUGUCGAUCUGGUUAUACAGGAGGUAUUUGUCAAACUGACAUUAACGAAUGUGCAAGUGGUCCAUGUCAGAACCUUGCUAUAUGCGUUGAUCUACCUAAUCGCUAUAAUUGUUCAUGCUAUCCUGGCUUUGAUGGUGAUCGCUGCCAAAGUAAUAUUAAUGAAUGCCAGUCAGAACCCUGUAUGAAUUUAGGUACAUGUAGUGAUUUAAUAAACUCGUAUAGUUGUGCAUGCAGAACUGGAUUUACUGGUGCAAGUUGCCAAACCAAUAUCAACGAAUGUCAGAGCCAGCCUUGCGCUAAUGGUGGAACGUGUAUCGAUUUAGCAAAUGGCUACUCAUGUAAUUGCAAAAACGGUUAUACUGGCGCCCAGUGUACUAUUAAUAUCAAUGAAUGCGCAUCUAAUCCUUGCCUUAACAAUGCUUAUUGCAUAGAUUUAGUCAACAAGUAUAACUGUAGUUGUAGUGCAGGUUACAGCGGUACCUUCUGCCAAAUCAACAUUAAUGAAUGCGCUAGCUCACCCUGCAGCUUUGGAAUUUGUUUGGAUUUAAUCAAUAGUUAUCGUUGUAGUUGUUCUUCUGGCUAUACUGGGUUAUAUUGCCAGUCGGAUAUCAACGAAUGUGCAUCAUAUCCUUGCUUGCGAAAUGAAAACUGUAUUGAUGGAGUUAAUGGAUACACAUGCCAACCAAGUGCGUAUAGUAGUACAUAA